CUGUAAUCCAAUAAUGGAUCGUGAAAGCCCUUUUUAUGCUUUUAACUACUCUCUCUGAAUUCCCAUCUCUUUCCUCACGCAUAUUUUCUCGAGAAAAGUUUGUACAAAGUGCGAGAAAGUCGGGGAAUAACCAGGGGGACGAGUAUUUGUGAAGCAUUCGUGAAGUGGGUCGACGUCGUCAUGUAGUCUCUAUGUGGGUUUCUGUGUACUUUCUGGGUUUGGUUGGCUCAAGUUUUUAUGACUCCAGUUAUGUAUAGAAGCGGCAAAUCGUUCCAUGGAAAUAUUAGAGAAGCACUUUUUUGUGAUGGCAAAUAAUAUUGGCUUCUGAGAAAGGUCUCUUUAAGGUUUCAUUUGGUACAUGGUUGACUUUCCAUGGAACAAGCUGUAAGAGGUGUUUGAUUAGCUGUUUCUACUGAGAUCCAGCCUGAUCUUCGUACGAAAUUCUGGUGGUUGAUUGAAUACAUCUUCCUGAGGCAAAUCUCCUUCGGCACGGGAAAAACCUGACAGAAGUUUGAUUUCAUCAGGGGCAAAUCUCCUUUGGCAAUAUAGGAUAUUUUCCUAAAAAAGGAAUAAUAGUUUUUGGGAAGAUCCGGUUAUACAUGCUUUAUAUUUCGCCAUUUAGCUCUAUGGGGCAAAUUUCCUUUGGCAAGUUCUGAAGUCUACUCUUGUUGGGAAGUUCUCCUGACAGCAUAAUUAGAGUAACUUCAUAUCAUUUAUCAUAUUGUUACCGAGUAUCCCACUCUUGCAGCUGGCAGAUCUCCUUUCGCACUUCAUGUUCUCCUUCCUGGAUAGCUUGUGGUCAACCUGCAGGAAAUAUCUCAUCUGGCAGUUCUGACACAUUAAUAUUACAGCUUUGGUGGGAAAAAAAUAUCUUCUUUGGAAGUUUCUUCUUACAGAAGUGUAGUCCAAUCGUUGGGCAAAUCUCCUUUGGCAUAUUGGAGUGCUUUUUUGACUCCUGUUAUCCCCUAUCAUCCCGUUAGGGCAAAUCUCCUUUGGCAUAUUAACUCCAGCUUUUGUAUUCAAGAUACCUUACUGGAGAUAUUGAAGAAAUAUUUAUAAAUUGAUCAUUGGCAACAAGCUGGAGAGCGUAUACUUUUAACGAUAAUCUUGCUGUGAUUAUCAAUAGGGUUUGGAUUUGAAUUCUUGUUAUAACGACACUUAGCGAUCAUCCUGUUGCAUCUUAACGUAUAGGAGUGGCACAAGAGUUGCACAUUUUGACUUGUUCAAGAAAGUGUAAAUUAGAAGAUAUAUUUGUGCAGGUGAUGGAUAUGCUUCAUAGUGAUUCUUCUGAUUGUGAGAGUGGCAGCAGUGAUGAUCAAGAGGAACUUGACUUCCUAUUCAGUGGGCAGGCUCGACGCAUUUUGUCAAGUUUGGAGGAGAGCAUUGGCAAAAUUGAUGAUUUCCUUUCAUUCGAAAGAGGGUUUGUAUAUGGAGACAUCGUAUGUUCUGUGACUGACCCAUCUGGGCAGAUGGGCAAGGUCAUAAAUGCUAAUAUUCUUGUGGACAUGGAAAGCAUCCAUGGAAAAAUAAUAAAAGGUGUGAACUCCAAGAACCUUCUAAAGAUUCGCUCCAUUUCGGAGGGGGACUAUGUAGUUUAUGGUCCAUGGCUCGGAAGGGUUGACAAAGUCAUUGACACCGUCACCAUAAUAUUUGAUGAUGGGACUAGAGCUGACGUAUCUGCACUUGACCAAGCAAAGGUCGUGCCUCUGGGUCCCAACAUACUUGAGGAUUCAAUGUAUCCAUUUUAUCCUGGACAGAGAGUGUGUGUUAAACUUUCAACAGUCUCUAAAUCAGCUAGAUGGUUAUGUGGUACUUGGAAAGAGAAUCAGGAUCAAGGAACUGUUUGCUCUGUAAAACCAGGGUUGGUGUAUGUCAAUUGGCUUGCCUCUCUGCCAGUAGGUCCUGAUAUGAAGUCACCUGCUCCUCCACACUUGCAGGAUGCUGAAAAACUAACUUUGUUGUCAUGUUUCUCUCAUGCAAAUUGGCAACUUGGUGAGUGGUGCAUGCUUCUGGACUGUAAGGGUGUGAUGGACCAGCUGUUUCUUGGUAUCUCUAGCCAUGAGGUCUUUAAAGAACAGAAGAAGAGAGAAAGAGGAUUUAUGAGAAAAGAUCUUCAGGAAAUCUUUGUCAUUGUGAGGACAAAAACCCUUGUUGAUGUUAUGUGGCAGAAUGGUAGCCAUUCCUUGGGGUUAGAAUCACAUUCUUUAGUCCCUGUAAAUGUUGUUAAUGCUCAUGAAUUUUGGCCUGGACAGUUUGUAGCGGAGAAGGGUACUUGUGUUGAUCCACCUGUCUCUGGAAACCAAAGAUGGGGAAUUGUGAGGAGUGCAGAUGCAAAGGAACAGACAGUUAAGGUAAGAUGGAAAGCUUUUGAUGUGAAUAAAAUGAAUGGUGUGGGACAAGACCCGAUGGAGGAAACUGUGAGUUCUUAUGAACUUAUUGAGCACCCUGACUACUCCUACUGUCUUGGAGACAUUGUCACUGUGUUGUUUACGAGCUACAUUGACCAAGCUAAUGGAGGUUUUGUGAACAGAGAGACUAAAAUUGGUGCGGAUUUGGCUCUUGAAGGGAAAGAUUUCAGUUUAGAUCAGAUUGAGUACGAUGCUGAAAGUUACUUAUCCUUCAUUGGCAACAUAACUGGCUUCAAAGAUGAUGGUGUUGAGGUGACAUGGGCUACUGGGCUCAAAUCGACGGUUGCCCCUAAUGACCUUUUCCGGAUUGAUACGAAUGAAAUUGUUACUGCAACUCAUGUGCUCAAUGAACAAAAUGCUGAGUUAUUGAAUGAAGAGAUGAUUGAUCAAACUGGAAAGGGCCUCUUAAAACCCGAUGCCAUUUGUGAAGAGCACGGCAGUUAUCCUUGGGAAUCUGGAUCUUCCUUCCUUCCUCGUUCCACAAUUGGACUUUUCACCCGUGUUACAGCGAGUAUAUUCGGAUCCCUUGGUUCCACAUCCCUAUCUGGCCUGCUUUCACUUCGCCACUUUGCCAAAAAUGGAAAUCAAUCUAAAAUUCCCCAAGAGAGAGAGCUUCUGGAUACAUGUGGUCUUUCUGCAGAAGAACAGUCAUUGAUGUUACAGGAAGUGCAGCUUAGGAAAACGAGUACAAGUGAGGAAAUUAAUGAUCUUCAGGAGAAAAAAGAACUUCAAUCUUCAACUGUCAGAGAAAGUUCAGAAAAAUUUAGGCGAUUUGAUAUGGUUGAUGGCUGCUCAGAUCAUCGCUAUCUUGAUGGUCUCGGCAAGGGAUUGGCAUUAUCUCAGAUGAAAAGAGUUUGGUUGAAGAAGGUUCAACAAGAAUGGAAUAUUCUUCAGAAAGAUCUUCCUGAAACAAUCUUUGUCCGCGUAUAUGAGGAACGGAUGGAUCUCCUUCGAGCAGCCAUUAUUGGUGCACCUGGAACUCCUUAUCAUGACGGGCUGUUCUUCUUUGACAUCCAUCUACCUCUGGACUAUCCUCAUGAACCGCCUUUGGUGCAUUAUCAUUCCGGUGGCCUUCGUGUUAACCCUAAUUUGUACGAGUCCGGGAAGGUUUGUUUGAGUCUCCUCAAUACAUGGACAGGCACAGAAACUGAAGUAUGGAAUCCCGAAAGCUCCAGUAUCUUGCAAGUACUUCUCUCUCUCCAGGCCCUUGUGCUUAAUGAAAAACCUUAUUUUAACGAGGCUGGUUAUGAUAAGCAUAUGGGAAGGGCAAAGGGGGAGAAAAAUUCAGUAAGCUACAACGAGAAUGCCUUUCUCAUGACCUGCAAGUCCAUGAUAUACAUACUUCAGAGGCCACCUAAGCAUUUUGAGGCACUCGUAGAGGAGCACUUUAGGCAACGAUCCCAAGACAUUCUGUCGGCUUGUGAGGCAUAUAUGGAAGGAGCUCCGGUAACAUGUCCAUCGGGGAGUACACAAAAAGAGCAUGCAAACCCAUCAGGAAAUUCAACAGGGUUCAAACUUAUGCUCGGUAAACUCUUCCCAAAGCUUGCGGAGGCAUUUUCUGAUAAGGGAAUCAACUGCAGCCAAUUCGCUUGAGCCAGAAAAAUGAAUGCGCUACAGAGAUAAUCGUGAGGUCAUUCGUACCAUGUCUAUAGUCUGUAUUGUAUAAUAUCCACGAAUUAAUGCAAGUUCAGCUUCUGUAUUUUUUCCUUCUCAAUAAAAAAAAAUUACAAAUUACUCGGUAAGAGUUGUGAUGCUGUAAAUGUACUGUAUUCUGGUGCUGUAAAACCUGGGGGAGUGGGGAAGCAUUGUAUCAUAUUCUGAUUUGCAGAAAUAAAAUAAGAAAAACAAGAUCUGGAUUGGUUUGGUUUAUA